AAAGUGAUUGGCUUGUAUUUCAGCGCCGAUUGGUGCGGUCCUUGUCGACAAUUUACUCCCGAACUCGCAUCCUUCUAUAAAAAGAUGAACUCACGACGUGGAAAGCAAGAUGAGUUUGAAAUUGUGUGGGUUUCGAGAUGCCGAGAUGUGGACAGCUAUGGCCAAUACUUCACCCAGAUGCCUUGGAUUGCCAUGCCACCAGAAGAAGCCAUGGGAGAGCGUGGCCAGAUGCUAAGCAACAAAUACAAAGUCAAGGGAAUCCCGUCGCUUGUUCUUUUAGACGACCUUGGUAAUGUCAUUACAACAGAUGCGCGGAACAAGAUCCCACAGGACAAG